AAAAAGUGGAUAUGUCACGAAUAUAUUCAAAUUGUUGACAUCCCCCAUUUAAAUAAAGAAAAAGCUAAUAAUAAGAUAUAGCAAUAUAUUAUCUAAGUUAAAUUGUACGAAUAAUCUUGUGACAGCGAACCAAAUCGUGUCAGACAUAAACAGAAAAUAGGUUGUGAUUUUCCUAAUUUUUAAUUUCAAGAGAAUUCCAUCAAAAGUGUGCAUAUGAACUGUUAAACCGCACAGAAUGUAUAAUGGCAUUCUUCCUUUGCUUGCCUGUGUUGCUUUUUGUAACAUGUCAGGUUCUUAUUGUGAGAGUGUCUUCGGUUUCCACCAAACCCCCAAGCAGGAGGACAGUCAUCUGCACCCAACCUCGAAGAUACUGGACCAUUCUUUAUUGGCUGUCAGUUGCUACAAUGACUGCUACAUGUCAUCUAUCAUCUGGGGAUGGUACAGUAGGCCAAACAGUGGCCGACGUACUGAGUGUACUCAGUCUCACCCUACCCGCAAAGAAACCUACACAGAUUCAGUAUGUUUGCAGACACCCUCCAUAUCAAGUGGCAAGUGGCACUAAGCCCUUAAUGCAAUCAGAGGGAAAUAUGCCACAUCCCAUUUCUAAGCACUGGUUGAUUAAUACAGCUUGGGGAAGUGAUCACAUUUCAUUAUGGGAAUCAUGAAACACAUAAGUACAUUUUAAUGUUUGCAUUCUGUUGUGUAUUAAUGUAAUUAUGAUUAUCUUCAUAACUGAAAAUAACAGAUCACUUUUAUAAUAUACGACAAUUUAAUUAUAAUUAUUUGUUAUUAUUAUAAUAUGUGUGGUACUACAAAAUAACUAUUAUUGUAUCAUGUAUUAUACAAGUGAUUCAUUGUUGUAAUAGAUAUAAAGACAGUUAUAAUUAUGUACAUAUACUAUGGGCAGAAUGUAGGGUGUCGUAAUGUUAAAGGAGGUGGUAUCUAAUGCAAUCAUCAUAUAUUACAGGCUUAGUGUUAUUGUCAUACCAUUUUUACAUAAAAUGAAAAGUAAUGGACCAAGAAUGGAACCUUGAGGAGCUCCAUAUCUAACUUGACAGCUAUUUGACAAAUCUUCUUUCAGUUAAUUGAUCAGUUGAUCAGAAGUUUGAAAUCACAUAAGAAAUUUAUUUUCAAUGUGAAUUGGUUGACUGGACAGGGGAAAUAUGACAGAAAUUCGUGUGCCAAGAUGGUGGAUGGGAGGUGUGGCCUCUGCUGCAGCAGCUUGUUUUACACAGCCUCUGGACACAAUAAAGGUACAUCAGCAAACUCAGCAAGAUGUGAACCACUCCAUAGUUCGCCUUACAAUGAAUGUCAUAAAGCAGGAGGGAGUAUUAAGUCUCAACCAUGGUCUUACAGCAGCUGUGCUGCGCCAACUCACAUAUUCAACUACAAGAUUUGCAGUCUAUGAGGCCGCCAAAGAAUUCAUAACUAAACCAGGUGAGAAAAUAUCUUUCUCUGAGAAAAUUGGAAUAGCAGCUGUUGGGGGAAUAAUUGGUGGUUUCAUUGGGACCCCAGCUGAUCUCAUGAAUAUCCGUAUGCAGAAUGAUAUCAAACUGCCACCUGCCAAGAGGCGGAAUUAUCGCCAUGCAUUUGAUGGGAUAUGGCGAGUGUAUAAGGAAGAGGGAUUCCGGCAAUUAUUUUGUGGUGCAUCCACUGCUACUGGAAGGUCUGUGCUGAUGACUAUUGGACAGCUGUCCUGUUAUGACCAAUUUAAAACAAUGUUACUGGAUCGGAACUUCGCAGACAACCUGACAACACAUUUUCUGGCGAGCCUUGCCGCUGGUGGGGUAGCAACAACACUGACCCAACCAAUUGAUGUCAUCAAGACUAGGAGAAUGAAUGCCAGACCUGGAGAAUUUAAGAAUAUGUGGCAUAUAAUUACCUACACAGCAAAAUUGGGUCCACUUGGUUUCUUCAAGGGAUACAUUCUUCGAUUCAUUCGUCUUGCACCACAUACAAUACUAACAUUUGUAUUCUAUGAACAACUUCGUCUAAAUUUUGGCAUCAAAGCAUGUUCCUGAUUUUAUAUAUAUAUAUGCAUUAGUCUACACAACAUCCAGUUGUCAUUGCUCAUUGUUACUAGAUUCAGUCUGAGCCAAAAUGCAGUUACAAAAUAUAACAUACACGCUGCAGGCUCAUCCAGAAAAAUGUGGAAACAAAAGUAGAGGGACAGACCCUCGUAUAAUAACGUUAUUCACCCUAGAUCAACAUACAUUGAUAAUGGAGACAACAGAAUAUAAAAGUGUAAUUUCUGGCAUAUCUUAGAAAGACCAAAAAACAUUAUAUACAGAUCCAUAAUACAGAAUUCUGUAAGGUACCGGUAACUGAAACUGUAUGGACAUGCAUGACCAUUCAUUUGAAAGUGAGGUUGCCAUGAUCUUGGCAAUAGUACAUUUUGUAAUGAGACAAAAGCUGCAAAAUUCUGAAGUUAAUGCUACUCCCAAAGGAUUACUCUGUGAAGUUAAUGUUUGAAGAGGGUCCAAUGGUAGACAUGAUAAAUAACUAUUGAUCUCCCAUGAAAGGUAAUGGGAUUAAGUAAUAAUUCUAGAACGGUUGUGUUCAUGAACUUGUACGUCUGUGAAAUCAUAUUUCUGGUUGCUCUGGAUGACCCUGGAGAUUAGAGUUCUGUGUAACAGAAGCAUUUUCAGAUUUGCAGCAAUACUAAAAUAUAAACAUUUAUGUAUUCAGUAGAUCUGUGAAAUGAAGUGUUUACGGAAAAGUU